UAGGACCCUGGGUUGGUGGGGUCAGGAGGAGCUGGGGGCUCCUUGCUCCGGGACAGCUGGGCCUGUUGGGGUGCUGGGCGCCUCGUGUGGGGCCCCCGGAACUGUGAGUUCCUUCUGGGGGGAAGGGAGCCAAGGGCUGCGGGCUGGAGGAGUGGCCACUGCACCCUCCAGGCUGCAGUGUGCGCCAGGAGAGGGAUCCCGCGGCUUCGAGGGGCCGGGGGCCGGGGCCCGGGGUCUCCCGCCGUCCCGGCCAUCGCGCUGCCCUCGCCUCCCUCGCCUCCCUGGCCAGGCGGGUCCCUUAAAGGAGCUUGUCGGCUGGAGACCGUCUGGUCUCCUGGAACGUCAACCCCCCAGUGCACCCAGCCUCUGCCCCCUGCCCGCGGUUCUUAAAGCUGAGCUUCAGGCAGUGCAUUUUCUUUGGGAGACUUUUUAAUUCAAAGCGCAGCCCCAUCCUAAGCACCUCUGCUCUAGGACAGUGAAAACAGCUCAUCUCUGUGGAAUGACAUCUAAGGGACAGCCUUGUAAUACCAUUUAUGGCCUGAGUUUGCUACCCAUUUGCUGAGCCAGUGUUCCUCAGGGGCACCUGCUGCCAAAGUUAAUAGUUUCUUAGCUGGGAAAGUGCUGCACGGGUCUCUGUUACGUGGACUUCUACUUCGUUUGUAAAGACUUUGAUGGAAAUCGAUAACUCGGACAGCAAAACAUAUUACUCCAUAGGAACAAUUUUUUCCCCCCUUUUAGAGGUGUGAACUCCCCCCCCCCCCCCCCCCCCCCCCCGCCCAAACGCUAGGGCUAUUUGUCAUUUAGACUAGCGUCACCUUUUCCUGUAACAAAUCCCUAGUUGCUGAGAGUGCUUAGGGAAUGCCAGCUCCGUUUGAUAUCACGGCUACAGAUGUAGAUUUUUUUUUUAAUCCGGUUAAUGUUUUCCAAAAUAAAGGUGCUCUUUGAGAUUCAUUUGCAGUUUGCCGUUAUACCCAGCUCUGCCGCCUCCUCUGGUUUACUGUCAUAGGAUUUCUGAUCCCUACCCUGGUGUGACCACUGAUGGAGCAAGAGCAAAAACUGUUGGUCUCAGACUCUAGUGGCUUCAAGGAGAGGGAGAAUUUGAAAAGCCCUUUUACAGGACAUGAAAGUAAGAAUAAUUUGGAAACUGCUCAACACAAUAACUCCAAGGCAGAGAAAGAGAGAGCCUCAAAGUGGUCUAAAAGAGAUGGCCUGCAAAAUUGUAAGCAUGAGGAUACAAAAGAAAUUUCAUUGACAUGGUCCCAAGGAGAUGAGAUCUGGUGUAAUGAUUCCUAUGAGAAUGGUGGCAAGUCAGAGAAUCAGGGAAAUUCCACAGGAAAAGAUGAGAAACCCAAUCACUGGAAUUGGGACCCAGGGGAACAGUGCAGUGGCUCUGUCCAGCAGAAUUCAACCUUCAGAGACAAACCCUACAAAUGUCCUGAAUGUUGGAAAAGCUUCAAUAACAGUUCGCAUCUGCGUAUUCACCAGAGAACCCACUCAGGAGAAAAACCUUAUAAAUGCUCUGAGUGUGGGAAAUGCUUCAGUAACAGCUCUCACCUGAUUCAACAUCUGAGAACGCACACGGGAGAGAAGCCCUACCAAUGUGGUGAAUGUGGGAAAAGCUUCAGCAAUACCUCCCAUCUCAUUAUCCAUGAGAGGACUCACACAGGAGAGAAACCCUAUAAAUGUCCUGAGUGUGAGAAGAGCUUUAGUAGCAGCUCCCACCUGAUUCAGCAUCACAGAUCACAUACCGGUGAAAAGCCAUACGAAUGUCCUGUUUGUGGGAAAUGCUUCAGCCACAGUUACGUCCUAAUAGAGCACCAGAGGAUUCACACUGGAGAAAAGCCUUAUAAGUGCCCUGACUGUGGAAAGAGUUUUAGUCAGAGUUCCAGCCUGAUUCGCCACCAGCGGACACACACAGGUGAGAAGCCCUACAAAUGUCUUGAGUGUGGAAAAAACUUUGGUUGUAAUUCGACCCUAAUAAAGCAUCAGAGAAUUCAUACGGGAGAAAAACCCUAUCAGUGUACAGAAUGCGGGAAGAGUUUCAGUCGAAGUUCAAACCUAAUUACACACCGGAAAACCCACACAGGCGAAAAGCCCUAUGAAAGUUCCGAAUAUGAGGAAAGCUCGAGUCAGAACUGCGGUGUGAUAGAGGAAUGCAGACUCCAGCCAGGGGAGAAACCGUACAAAUGUUGUGAAUGCGGAAAGCGUUUUGGGCUCAGCUCUCAUCUCAUUAGACAUCAGAGAACACAUACGGGAGAAAAACCUUACCGGUGUUCAGAGUGUUGGAAAACUUUCAGUCAGAGUUCCACCCUGGUGAUUCACCAAAGGACGCACACAGGAGAGAGACCUUAUAAGUGUCCCGACUGCGGCGAGUGCUUCAGUCAGAGCUUUAAUCUUAUCAGGCACCGGCGGACUCAUGUGGGAGAAAAACCUUACAAAUGCACUGACUGUGAGAAAUGCUUCAGCAGAAGUGCCUAUCUCAGUCAGCACCGGAAAAUUCACAUAGAAAAGUCUUUCGAGUCUCCUGAAGUUGAAGAUUUUCCUCAUGGGUGGACUUGGAAAAACUAUUCAGGGGAAAUGGCCCUCCUCUCUUCCUUUUCGGUCCCAAGUCCAUCUUCCUCUUGAGUUUCAAAGGCUGUUUAUUUUUAAUUUUUUUUUCUUUUUCUUACUGGGCCAUUACAAUGAUGGGGUGGCUACAAAGUUUUCUUUGGUGUGUCUGCCAUUGUGUCUGGAAAAAGUCAACCUUCCAGGUUAGAUGAUAGGAAGGUCCUGAUCCCCAGCUCAUUCCCUCUGCCCAAUGAGAUGCUGCCAAUGAUGGAGAAGAAAUGUUUUUUUUUUUUUUAUUAAGGUAAGAUUGGAAUAGCUUCAGAGGCAAACAGAAAGAGAAAUGCUGGGAAUAAGAACACCCGAGAGCUUGAAACUGAGCUAGCCAUUGAAUGUGCCUAUUUCCUCUUUCCUGACUGGGUGGCAAUAAGUCAUUCCUGGCCUCACGGAUUUAUCCAGAGAAAGAUUCUUUUUGAACAAAUAAUGUGAUUUCCUGGCUGUUUUGGUGGCUGUUAAGAAAGAACAAGCUCAGCUUUUAAAAAUGCAUUUUUAUUUGCUGAAAAUUAACUUUCGUAGUAUUUAGGACUAUUUUCUAAUACAGUAGCCACAUGUGGCUAUUUAAAUAAAUUUGUAUUGAGAUGAAACUUAAAGCCUGGUUCCUUAGUUGCUUUAACCACUUGCCAAGCACUCAGUAGCUACACGUGACUGGUGCCUGCUGUAUGGGAUAUCAUAUAAAGUUCUUUCAAGAUUAUUAUUCUUGACGGACUCAUAAAGAUUUCCUAUAAGACUGUAGGAAAUACUGUGAGGCGUCUGCUCUCCAAGAAGAAUUGUAACAUAGAGUAGAAAUGGGAUAGAGGCACCCAGUCUAGAGAUUGGCCAUUCUAAUGCUUGUAUGUCUUAAAUUCAGCCAUGUUGGUAAUCUGGUGAUAUGAUCCUAUUGUCUUGGGCAAAGCCAGAUUAAGAGGUAGAAUUCUUGAAUUCUGUUUAAAAAAUUCUGACCAGUAGUCUUUUCCCCUCAGUUUUCUCAUUGCACAGCUCCUAGACAGAUCAGAUCCUGGGUUCUUUUUCUUUUUUUAAUAAUUAACUCCCUGAGUCUGAGCCAGUGUACAGGGACAGUUGGCCAUUGGAGAUGGAGACUCCUUAGACCCAUUCUUAACAGGAUUUUUUUUUUUGCCUCCUGACUGACUUACAAGGUGUGUGGAUCCUCCCUGUUUUUCUGUCCAAUGGGAAGGAUGCUUUGUAAAGUAUUAAGUUAUUUCAUAUACUCCUAGCUCCGAUUUUUUCCUGCCAGUGCAGGGAGUAAAUGUGUAGGGAGGUCAAGACUCCUGAAUUGCUCAGGAUUUCUGGUCUCAUUUUUGGAUUCAAAAUAUAUUUUCAGAAGACCGUGUAGACAUACAAAUUAGGAAUGUAGCGCCAGAAAGGGCCAAUUAGAGCUGCUGCGAAGGGCUGUAGCUAGUAGGUAACCGAAGUGCAUGGGGAAUAUUUCUUUCUUCAUGUACUUCAUCAUAUCUGAUACUGGUUAGGCAAUUAAGCUGUUUCAUAUUGUUAUGAGGUUAAAAAAUAAACCAAGAUUUAACAAAAGACUUACAAAAUAUUUGGGGUGAUUUUCUGCUCUCAAGAAAGGGGAGAACAUAAUAGGGUGUCAUUGGCUUUUAUGUGACCCUCACCUAACCAUCUUUUCGCCUUCGUAUGUUCGGUAGGGUCGUUCAAAUGGUCUUCAACUGUAAUAUCUGGGGACAAGUGUUUAUGGUAUUUUUUUACCACAGACAACUAAGAGUUUGAUUAAUGUUGGAUAAUUAAAUUUGGGCAUUUGCUAUCGAGGCCGAAAUUCAGUUGCAAGGCAGGGGCUGUUGGGGUUGUGCCCCAUCAUCAGUCAUGUUAUGUGUGGCAGGAACCACUCUGGACCUGCCCCCUCAUGUGUAAAGCAGAGAUUAUGGCUGCCUCACGGGGUUUCUGUCAGGAUUAAAUAAAUGUUUGCAAAGCAGCUAGCACUUGCAAUAUAACAAGGUCUAAAUACAUGGUAAUCAGUUAUUAUUGGUGGAAAUAAAUUGGAAACUGUCCGCCCCACAUUUGCAGAAGAAGCAACGCAACCCCAGCUUAUAUCCUACGUGAGAAUUCUUUAUGACCAACUUCAGGAACCCUGAGGAAUACGGUUUUGUAAAAGCACAAGACUAUAUAUAGUGUUUCAAGUUUGCGGACUUUUGAAAACCCUUUUAUUUGAUUCAGCUUAUUGAAUGUUUUUGUUGUUGAAACAAAGGAUUCAGUUUAAGUCAGGAAAGAACGAGAUCGCAAGUUCAAUUUCAGCUAAUUCCCCAUCUGAGGAGAUUAACAACAGGUACAGUUUCUGGCCUAAUAGCAUCACCUACUCUGUUUUAUGACUGCCCAUGAUUGCAUAAAACCGGUUUCCCAAACCUUGAUGUCUAUAGAAUCAUAGAUGAUCCCAUUUUAGAUGGGUUAGGAUGGGCUCCAUGAGUAGAACAAUUUAGCAAGAAUCAUUGUCUCUUUAGAUUGAAAACUAGGAAAACAGAAGAGAGAUGUAUCACUUAUGAGGAGGACUUAAUAGUAAAUCUAAUCAUAUUUGAUGCUUUUACCUCAAUUUCAUUAAUCAGCAAACAGGUUUUUUUAGCUUCCCGAGAAGUAAACAUUCUGUAUUCUUUAUUUUUCCUGCCAGCACAAAGAAUAUAUAAAUCAUUCUUUCUUUUUUUGUACUUGCCACACAAAAUGUGAUUGAUGGUACACUACCCCACCCAACAGUGCCUGCCUUGCGUCUGAAUUUUGGCCUUUAUUUAUUUGAGAGAGAGAGAGAGAGAGAAAGGGAGAGGGAGUACG